CCCGCCCGCCCCGCUGCUUCGCGUCUCUCCCUCGCCCCGCUCCCCCUCGCGGCUGUGCCUUCCUCCCUCUCUGCCCUGCCCUCUCCUCCCUCUCUGCCCUGCCCUCUACUCCCUCUCUGCCCUGCCCUCUCCUGCCGAUCGGCCCCUGCCGCGGAAGCCUCUUCCAGCCCAAUGGCCGAUCAUCCCCCGGGGUCCUCGUUGGCGCGCGAUCGCGAGCGUCUCGCCCUGGGCGUGUCGGAAUGGCGGGCGCUUUUGCUUGAGCGUCGCCGGCGCCUGCUGCACUACUAUGCCCAGCUGUGCCGGGCCGGAUUGGAAGAGGUAGACACGCUGCCGGGCGCGCACGCCUCGCCGGACACCCUUGCCUGGGCCCUUCCGUCAUCGGUGGGGAAUGGCCCCAUGUUGAUGACGAGCCCGGGCCCGGCUGCCAGCUUCGGCACUUCGUCCGACGUGACGCAGCCCGUCCCCCCCGGGCACAAUGACACACAGCCGGACCGGCCGCGCGACCGCCUGGCCCAUGGCCGGUCGAUUCCCGCGGCCGAGCGGUCGCCCAUCCCGUCGGCGGCCAUGGCCCCGCUGGAUGUCGGCCGGCCCCUCCAGGCCGGGCCCCUGCCCAAUCCCCCGCCCGAGUCCCUGACCCCCGCACUCGACACCCUGCCCGACAGCUGGUCGUCCGAGGGUGCCAGCGUGUCCGGCACUCAGACUCUGGUGGUGGCGGCGGCGGCGACCACAUCCCCCCACUCGCUGGACGAUGUGCCUCUCUUUGCCGAGUCGGUGGCCGGCAAUCCGAUGCACACGCUGCCCCCUGCCGGGGGCCCGCCGGCAUGGCAAUGCACCUGGCCAUCCGACCGGGCGACAGGCUUCACCCCGGGGCGCUGCUCCUCCUGUACCGACUCGACCAUAACCCCAUUGCUACUGGCAGCGGCCGCGGUGGCGGUCUACGGCGUGACCACGGGGCCGGGCGUCCGAGCGGAGGCACGCGUGCAUGCGGCGCUCGGUCCUCGUGCCCGGCGGCGGUGGGCCUUUUGCCCGGCCGGCAUGGCCGGGAUUUUGGUCCCUGACAGCGCGAGGGCCCCGGCCUCCGGGCCGCCGGCCACCUGCCCUCACUUGGCUGCCUUCAUUCCCCUGGAGGGGAUCGGUGCCGACACGUCUCCCAGCAUAGCCACCCUGGCUCUGGGGUGUGUUGUGCAUGGGUCGGGCCCCGGCCGGGUCCUGGCGCUGGUUGCACACAUGUGUCCCGGGACUCGGAUGGUCGAUGUCGAGCUGCUUCCCCUGGGCCCGGGGCCGCUGGAGGCGUCGGCCCUUCCGCCCGGAGCCGAGGUGCCCGCACGGUGCACGGCACUCGGGCUGCCUGAUGGGGGGCUCUGUGUGGUUUUCUCCCAGCCCGGGCGCGCAGGCAGCCGGGCGAUCUUCAUCCCGGUCUCGGAGCUCCUGGCUGGCGGUCGCAUGCGGAACUCCCUGCUGGACAUCCCGCCGCCGGCCGACGGGCCAGUGGCCAUGCCGCGCCUUUUGCCCAUCUCUCCGGGACCGGAGGAAGUCCUCCUGGACCCGGGCCAUGGGCAUCUGUUGCUGCUUUCGAGGGACGGCACCCGGCAGCUUCCCGUCGGUCCCGGCAUCGGGCCUCUGCUGGGCGCCUGGUGCCAGCGAGCUGGCCCUGGCGGCCGGCGGUGUCUGUGGCUCGCUUCCGGGAGUACCGCCACAGGCAUCGGGCUCUGGGUCCUGCCUGUGGUUGGUGAGACCCCCGUGAUAUGUCACAUUCCACUCAAGAUCGACCCGGGGGUUGUGCCGUCUGGCGCCCGGCUGAUCCUUCCACAGCCCGGGAGCCUGGUCAGCAACAGCCAUCUUUUGCUCGGCUGGUACACGGACCCCAGCCUGCCUGGGGAGCGGCCUGCUGGCGGGCGGUUUGGUGUGGCUCGCGUGCGCGUCCCCCCGAGCGGGUGCCUGGAGGCACGGCUUCCGGGCCCUGGAGGGAUGCCCUCGGUCCAUGGGGCCCAGGCUCAUGCCCAGUCGGUGUGUGCCCUGGCUUUCGGGGAUGGUGGUCGGCCAUCCGGCGACCAUCUGUCACUGCUUCCUCUGCCAGGGCCGGCGGCGGGCUCGACGGCCCUGCUGCUGUUAGAUACCGGUAAUUCGGCUGGGCUUGUGUUUGCAACCAUCGAUGGUGCCCCGAGCCCGUGGCGUACAACAGCGUGAGCCCGCGUAUCAGCAUGGGCACCAAAUACACGGCCCACCUCCCGCCCGACCUCGUGCCGCCUUGUGCCCC